AUGGAAGGAUCAUCCAUACAUGAAAAGACCACCGCGGCUAUGCCUGACGUGAAUACCGGGAAGAGUGCGAGGCAAGUCCCACGUGGCAAGAAGGGCAAGAAGAUUCUUAGCCCGGAAGUACAUGCUAAGCUACGUGAAAGAGCGAUCGCAUUGAGACAGAGCUUCGAAGAGCAUGGUAUCAAACUCAAUAAACCACGCAUCAAGCAAAAAAGUGAGUUCCUUUCAAACCUGGAAAAGGUUGAAAAGAACGAAGACUUCCAAACAGAUCUAAAAAACACGCUCAGAUUACAGAGUCUCUCCUUGUCAAGGGAAGGCUUCAUGAAGAUGACACCGGUUGUUGUCGGCAUGAUAAGAGAGCAAUAUAAGCUUCGUUACAAUGAAGUCUGUCCAUGGAUGGAUGAUGGAGAGAUACUCAGCAAUGAAAUGCUUGAGAGGUUAAGUCCCUCCCACCACAUUAAGAACGUGGUUAUUGAAGAACCUGAGCUUCCAGUUGAGAAAGACGCUCCAGAAGGACUAUCACCGACACUAUUAUCUCUGCAGUCAACAGUUGCUGAAGCAUGGAGGUUAAAUGUAUUUCAGUCAGAAAUUGAAGUUCCAGUUCUUGAACGCUUUGAUAAAUAUGUGACAUAUUACACACAGCCACCGACAUAUCUUGGAAAGCUUUGCCUCGAAAUGGAAUGCACACUCUUAAAAUCAAUGAUUCCAAUGAAAUUGAGCGUGGAUCAAAAGUCGAUACUGUGGGACAACCGUUCUACCUUGAGCAAAUUCAUUGCAGACAUAGCAUUAGAGGAACAACCAUCUCCAUCCCUGUGCGCCAAAGUCAUCAACACCCUCGUCGUCGAUGCUCGAACACGAGGAAGAGUGCUAUUUAAAGAUAGUGACAAACGCAAUCUGGGAUGUUACCUCAUGUUCAUGUUUGAAUGCCUUAGUCUCUGCCAUUUUGGCCGAUACCUACCGGACGACACAAAGUAUAUUUGUUUUAAGGCCAAGUCUAAACCCCGAUGUCGACAAAGAGUUAAAUCCCCUCUACCGGUCUUCCCAUAG